AUGGCGGUGCCUGGCGGCGGGGCCUUCCAGGCCGACUUCGGCCGCCGGGGCGUGGAGCUGGAGGAGCGCGGCGCGGCCGGCGCGGGAGCGCCUUUCGUGGAACUCGGCGGCCUGUCCGACGAGGCCGAGGAGGUCCAGGAGCCCGACGCCAGAGCCGGGGGCGGCGGCGCAGGCCAACGCCGGGCGAGAGGCAGCGGGCCUUGGCGGCGGCCGCUCCCCGCCGCCGAGCGGCUGCGGCAGGCCUUCGGGCGGCGCGCCCGGGCCGCGCAGGCGCAGGUCCUGUCGCUGCUUCACCUGCUGACGUGCAGCCUCACGACGUACUUUUUCGAGCACCUCUCCCCCAGGAACGUCAUCUUCCUGGCCAUGUCCGCGGGCGUGUGGCUGACGGCGUGGCUGACGCUUGAGCCCACACCCCGGGCUGGGCCGUGGGCCUCGUGUACGUGCUCUCCUCGUGCGCGCGGGCGGGCCUACUGGAGCCCCUGUGGACCGCCGCGCUCGCGCUGGCCGCGCAGUGCGCGUUCGACCUCGCGGGUGCGGCCGCCCGGAAGGCCCUGUGGUUCCUGCUCGGAUUCCUUGCCGUGGCCGCGGAGCCCUGCUGGUGGCCCAGCGCCCAGCUGCUCAUAG